GAGUCGGACUGUGGUUGGCAUGGCAGGAAACAAGAGAAAACCUGCAGACGCUGGAAAUCCGAGCAACACACACAGAAUGCAGGAGGAACUCAGCAGGCCGGGCAGCGUCUAUGGAGAAGAGUGAACAGUCGAUCGACGUUUCGGGCCGAGAUCCUUCAUCAGGACUGGACAGUCCUACCCCUCACCCACCCCGCAGGGGCAACUUACAGUGGACAAUUAACCCACGACCCUCACGCUUUUGGGAUGUGGAAGAAAACAGGAGCACCCAGAAGAAACUCCACACCACCACAGGGAGGACCUGCAAGCUCCACACAAGACAGCUUCUGAAGAAACUUGGCUAUCCAGAUGCAGCGAUACGUCUGGCUGGCUUCACAAUUCACCGCCAAGACUGGACUGCUGAGUCUCUCAAAGGCACAGGAGGUGAAGUGUGGUUUAUGAUCAACUCCUUGUGGUGUACGAGUGUGGCGAUGCUGUUCCAGUCCUGCUCACCUGACCUGGAACAUCUCGCCAUCAAGUGCAGUCCAUUUUACCUGCCGCGGGAGUUUUCAGCCAUAAUCUUGGUAGCGGUGUACAUCCCAUCUCAAGCCCAUGUCGAACAGGCGAUAGAUGAACUGAGCAAUGUAAUCGACAGACAUGAAAGAAUGCAUAUUGCUGCCUUCCCUAUCAUUAUGGGCUAUUUUAGCCGGGCCAGCUUGAAAAAAAUGCUGGAAAUCUGAAGUAAAAACACUACUGCACUACCAUCAACUUGGAUUGUGUUUUUGCACUAAUGCCUUGUUUUGCACUAUUUUGUGUAAUUUAUGCAUAAUUCAUGUUCUAUUUGUUGUCUGAGUGUACGUACCUGAGAAGCUGCUGCAAGCAGUUUUUCAUAGAACCUCACUGUAUUUGUAAGCAUGAUAAUAACC